AUGCCUGAAUUCCAUUAUAUGUGCCCUCACUUGCUUCUUCUCUUUACUUUGAAGGCAUUUUGGCUUGGCUUUUGCCCAAACAAAGUUGUAGCCUCAGCAUUAGGAAACCAAACCGAUCAUUUGGCUUUGCUUAAAUUCAAGGAAUCAAUAUCCAAUGACCCAUAUGGAAUCUUGGUCUCGUGGAAUAGUUCAACCCAUUUUUGCAACUGGCAUGGAAUCACGUGCAACCCCAUGCAUCAAAGAGUUGUAGAGUUGAACCUACGAGGAUACAAGUUGCAUGGAUCCAUAUCUCCCUUCGUUGGAAAUCUCUCUUUAAUGACAAUCCUCACCCUCAGAAACAACAGCUUCUAUGGAGAAAUCCCACAAGAAUUGGGUCGUUUACAACAACUUCAAAUACUUGUUCUUAUGAAUAACUCAUUGACUGGGGAAUUUCCCACAAACUUGACAAGGUGCUCACAGCUCAAAGUGUUAGACUUGGCAGGAAACAAUCUAAAUGGCACAAUACCAAUUGAUAUUGGCUCUCUUGGGAAGCUUCAAAAGUUGUACGUGGAAGAAAACAAAUUAACAGGAAACAUUGCGCCAUCAUUGGGGAACAUUUCAUCCCUUAUUCGUCUAUCAAUGGGUUAUAAUAACUUGGAGGGACACAUUCCACAAGAAAUGUGCAACUUGAAAAAUUUGAUAGUAAUACCAGUGCAUGCCAAUAAACUAAGUGGUCCAUUUCCUUCUUGUCUUUAUAAUAUGUCCUCUCUUACUUUAAUUUCAGCUGCAGCUAAUUCAUUCAAUGGCACUCUUCCACCUGAUAUGUUCCACACCCUUCCCAAUCUCCAAUUUUUUGCUGUUGGAGGUGAUCGAUUUUCAGGUUCAAUCCCAACUUCCAUCACAAAUGCAACUUCCCUUCAACAACUUGAUAUUAGUGGAAAUCUUUUCAUGGGACGAGUUCCAAAUCUAGGGAAGCUAGAAAAUCUAACGCUUCUAAGUUUGUCUUCAAACAGUCUUGGUGACAAUUCAACUAAAGAUUUGGAGUUUUUGCAUUCAUUGGUAAACUGUAGUAAGUUGAAUACGAUUAGUAUAAGCACCAAUAAUUUUGGAGGUUCUUUGCCAAAAUCCAUGGGCAAUUUAUCCAUCCAACUCAGUUAUUUAUACCUUGGAGGCAACCAGAUAUCAGGAAGAAUUCCUGCAGAAUUAGGAAAUCUAACUAGCUUAUUUCUCUUGGGCAUGGAAAAUAACCACUUUGAAGGGAAUAUUCCAGCUACUUUUGGCAAGUUUCAAAUUAUGCAAUGGUUAGAUUUGGGAGGAAACAAGAUUUCAGGAGAGGUACCAGCUUUCAUAGGUAACCUCAGCCAAUUGUUUCAUUUAGGUUUAGCAGAAAAUACGUUAGAAGGAAAUAUUCCUCCAAGCAUCGGAAAUUGUCAAAAGCUACAGUAUCUUGGACUUUGGAAAAACAACCUUAGAGGAACCAUACCCUUAGAGCUUUUCAAUCUUUCAUCUCUAACAAACUUGCUGGAUUUGUCACAAAACUCAUUUAGUGGAAGUAUACCAGGUGAAAUAGGAAGGCUAAAAAAUGUUGAUUUCAUAGAUCUUUCUAAGAAUCAUUUGUCUGGUACCAUUCCUGGAACCUUGGGAGAAUGCAUAACCUUGGAGUACCUUUAUUUGCAAGAAAAUUCCUUACAUGGAAUCAUACCAUCCUCUUUGACUUUACUAAAAGGUCUUAAACAUUUAGACCUAUCACAAAACCAAUUGUCUGGAUCAAUUCCUGAAGAUCUACAAAAUAUUUCUUCUUUGGAAUACUUUAAUAUUUCUUUUAAUAUGAUGGAAGGCAAGGUACCAACAGAAGGUGUUUUUUGA